CUUAUAUCGAACGAAAGGCUUUCAGCGAGACAAAAGAAGGAGUAAAACUGUAAAAGGACUCGUCGACGCUAAAAUCACCGAAGUCCCUCGAAUCUUCCACGUCCCGAAAGAUUCCUCAACAGACAAGAAACCAUCUGUCUCUGUUUCAGACCUAGAGAUCCACAAAAAUGCACAUGCUCGGUCCCACACACUAAUGACCAAAUGCUAACCGUCGGUUCUCUUUUUGUUUUUUUAUCCACAUUUUGCUUUAUCUUCUUCAAAACAGACAUCUUGUAAGAAAACAAAAAAAAAAGAAGGAAAAAGAUGGUGACCGAAAACUCGAUCGAAUUCGAUCCUUAUGUCGAGCGCAAAGCUUUCGACGAGACAAAAGAAGGAGUCAAAGGCCUCGUCGACGCUAAAAUCACAGAGGUCCCACGAAUCUUCCACGUCCCGCAAGAUUCCGCAACAGACAAGAAACCCUCUGUUUCUGUUUCCGACCUAGAGAUCCCUACCAUCGACUUCGCAAGCGUCCACGUGGACACGGCGUCACGUGAAGCCGUCGUAGAGAAAGUCAAAUACGCGGCGGAGAAGUGGGGGUUCUUCCAGGUGAUCAAUCAUGGUGUUCCUUUACACGUUCUUGAAGAGACCAAAGAUGGAGUUCGCAGGUUUCACGAGGAAGAUCCUGAGGUCAAGAAACGAUAUUUCUCGCGUGAUUCCGCCAGUAAAAAGUUUUUCUACAACAGUAAUUUCGAUCUAUACAGUUCUUCUCCGUCUGUUAGCUGGAGAGAUACUUUCACUUGUUUCAUAGCUCCAGAACCUCCUUCUCCUGAGGAACUCCCAGUGACUUGCAGGGAUGCUGUGAUCGAAUACUCAAAGCAUGUGAUGGUUUUAGGUGGUUUGCUCUUUGAGCUACUCUCAGAAGCCCUAGGUUUGAAUUCUGAUAUACUUAAGAGCAAGGAUUGCUUAAAGUCUUUGCUCAUGCUCGGCCAUUAUUACCCACCUUGUCCACAACCUGACCUAACUUUGGGGAUAAAUAAACACUCAGACAACUCUUUCCUCAGUGUUCUUCUUCAAGACAACAUCGGUGGUCUUCAAGUUCUUCAUCAAGACUCUUGGGUUGAUGUCGCUCCUCUUCCUGGAGCUCUCGUCAUCAAUAUCGGAGAUUUCUUGCAGCUGAUAACGAACGAUAAGUUUGUAAGUGUGGAGCAUAGGGUGCUUGCGAAUAGACAAGGACCAAGGAUUUCAGUAGCAAGCUUUUUCAGCUCAAGUAAACGGCACGGUUCCACAGUUUAUGGACCGAUGAAAGAGCUUGUGUCUGAAAACAACCCUCCAAAAUACGGAGACAUAACCAUAAAAGAAUACUCAGAAGGAUACUUUAAGAAAGGUCUCGACGGAACAUCGCAUCUCUUGAAUUUCAGGAUAUAAAAUUUGUGUGUUUCUUAGCAUCAAUUACUCUGUUCUUGGCUCUGCAAUAUAUAUAUAUAUAUACAUAUAUAUUUAUUUUAUUUAGCAAAAACAAAAUAUGUAAUGUAUAUGUGCUGAGUCUGUCAUUAUGCUCGGUUUCGUCAUGCCAUUCAUAUCACCACCCAUAUAUUAUUAUAUGUAUAAGUGGAACUUUAUGAAGGUCAUUAUUAUUGGACCAAUUUAUAAAUUCUAGUUGUUGAACGA